AUGGCUACUAUCAUCAAACAACCGUCUAUAACAAUUAAAUGUUCAAAACCAACGAAAAAUGUUGAACCUGUAGUAUGUAUGGCUGUUGAAUCGAAUACAAAGCAAUGGCCUACUAAUAUGAUAUGGUUCUAUUCGAAUACUGCAAACUUGUCGAAAGAUAAUUUUAUGCCAUCUAAUCAUUUACAAACUACUCUAUCGGAUACGCUCAAUUAUUUUCCCAUGUUAGCUGGUCGUAUUAUUGAAGAUGCGAAAGGCAAUGUCACUGUUCAUUUAACAAAUGAAGGUGUUCUUUAUACCGAAGCAGAAUGUCCGAAUCAAACUAUGGACUAUUUCAUACCUCGAACGCUUUCGGACGAAGAAUUUGAUUAUGAACAUAUCAAUACAAGUAAUUUAGUCUUGAAAAUCAGCACCUAUGAUGCUCUUUAUGCACAUAUGAUUUUAGUGAUUGCUCAAGCGACUCAAACUUCAUUAACUGAUAAUAUCAAAAUUCUACAAUCAUUCAAUGGUCGAUCGCGUUUCGCUUCUUCGUGUUCACCAGCCGUUCUCAAUUACUUCGGUUCAUUUCCAUUUUGGCUCUAUGGUAAAAUACCAUCAGAUCGAGAACCAACUCUUUCAUCAUUAGCACAAAUGAUACAUGAAAUGUAUUCCAAACAAACGGAACAUUCAUUGAGAGAUUAUAAUGCUUAUUUAAUGAGUGGUGAUGGUGAUAUAAAAAAGAAUCGAGUAGAUGCUGAUGUAAUUAAUCGUGAUUUUCAUUGUGCAUCAUGGCGAAAAGUAAAUCUGUUAGGUGCCAAAUUUGGUAAUAGCGGAUAUCCUAUUUACAAUGGACCAACAGAUGUAUUGUAUCCACGAUAUUUUGAAAUGAUGGAUGCACAUGUAAAUGAUGAAUCGAUUAAUAUUAUAUUAGGAUUGAGAGAACAAGAUUAUGAACGAAUGAUACAACAGAAUUUAAUACAUAAAUAUCGAUAA